UGCCUUAACGUAUCGAUUUCAGUUCAUGCACCCAGGUCACCACCCCGCUCCAUUUUGGCUCCUUGAAAUCAACGGUAGCCCUGCCCGUAGACCUCAUGUACACUUUAUGAAUUAUUUUGAAAUAUUCAUCAAGAAUUCUUUUUUGAUGUAAAAAAUAGUCAUCAAGAAUCAAAAAUCUGAUGCUUCUAGAUGUAGCCAUAUAAAUACUCCACCCUUCCACCUUUUCUUCCCUGCCCCUGUUCCCUUAUCUUCGUCUCUCUCUUCCGUAGUAAUGCAUCAUCGCAUGUCAAGGCUCUACUAAUUAUACCCCAACGAGAUCCCGUUCUUCUCCUCCGCCGGAGCAACUUCAUAUUAUAUUCCAAGAGCCGGAGACCGAGAACGGGAGAGCGAGAGGAAUGGACCUCCUUCUAGCUCUCGGCAUCGCCUCCGCCGCUUUUAUCCUCUCCGCCGCGGUAAUGUCCAUCGCGUACCUUACAUUCCUCCGCGGGUGCACCCUACCCUGCUUCCGCUCCCGCCCCCUCCCCACCGACGCGGAGCGUGGCGUCGCCGACGUACCCGAUCCCGCCGCCGCCGCCGACGAGCUCCCUAAAGCGGCGGUCCGAAGGUACGCGUGGCCGGAGGUGGAGUCGCUCACCGGUAACUUCACCGCGACGGUGAUCGGGGAGGGGGGCUUCAGCACCGUCUACCUCGCCCGACUCCCCGGCGCGGACUCCUCCCUCGCCGCCGUGAAGGUCCUCUGCACAGGCGAGCGCCUCCACCGCGCCUUCCUCCAGGAGCUCGACGUCCUCCGCCGCCUCAGCCACCCCCGUAUCGUCCGCCUUCUCGGCUUCUGCGACGACCGAGAGGAAGGGGUUCUGGUGUUGGAGUAUGUACCGAAUGGAAGCCUCCAAGAGAAGCUCCACGGCGGCGGCGGCGCGCUGCCGUGGGCGCGGAGGAUGCGGAUCGCGUUCGAGGUCGCCGGCGCCGUGGAGUACCUCCAUGAGGGGUGUGGCGAGCUCCCGAUCGUGCACGGCGACGUCACAGCAGCGAACGUCCUCCUCGACAACCGGCUAGACCCGAAGCUUUGCGACUUCGGGUCGGCCCAGGCUGGAUUCUCGUCGGCGGUCCGGUCAGCCGGGGCGAUGGUCGGAUCCCCGGGCUACGCCGAUCCGCACUACCUCCGGACCGGGAUGGUCUCCAAGUCCAUGGACGUUUAUGGCUUCGGAGUUCUCCUGCUGGAGCUCAUCACGGGGCUGCCGGCCGUUAUAUCGGAGGAGGGAAGGGUUUUGACGGCGGAGAUGCGGCCGCGACUGAGGGAGGCGGAUGGAAGCGCGUGGGAGGUGGUGGACCCAAGGAUGGGCGGGGAGUACGACGCCGCGGAGGCGGCGGCGAUGGCGGCGGUCGCCGCCCGAUGCAUCGGGGUUCAGCCGAGCCUCCGUCCGUCGAUGGCGGGGAUACGGCAGAUCAUGAGGGAGAAGGUGUCCUCCUUGUUAUCAGCCGUUGAUGGGGGAUCAGACGGUAAAGCAGAAUGAUCUCAUGUCUCCAUCGGCAAUUAAACCGGAAUGAGGAAAGAAAGGAAAGAAAAAAACCGUACUAAAGUAGUUACGGGGGAACUGGGGAAGCUAGAAGGGUCGACAGGUGGCAAUGGGAAAAAUGAUGAAGGUAAGUUUGUCUGUGUAUUUAGGAGGGAGUGAUGUAAAUAUAAACGUUCUUAGUCGAGGGCGGUUUCAUGUUGUUAAUGACUCAUGUGGAUGACUGGCUUGUUUGGUGCUGCAUGGGGACCAUGGCAUCACAUGAAUGUUGCUUAAUUCUUUCCAACUGGAUGCCUUCUAUUA